AUGUACGACAUCAAUACGGAGGCGGUUCAUGCGACACUUAUGCUGGCGCAACUCGAGUUCGAAGCUGGCAGCCCAAAUAUCUGCUAUCUGCAUCUCGGAGGCGCUAUUCGCAAAGCGUUCGCUGCCGGACUGCACCGUGGCGACUGCCACCUGUCGAAACAGACUAUGUGGACUUUGUUCUGCAACGAGAGCUUGAUAUGUUUUGUAUUGGGCAAGCGACCAAGCUUGGGGGACAAGGAAAUCUCACCCCCGGUCACGCACGACUCGUCUUACGUUGCUUGCUUCGUUCGACUGUGCACCAUCGUGCGUGCCGCGUAUCAGAUAUACAGUCUUGAUGACACCGUCGUAGCAGAUUUGACCGCAGUUACAAUUGUCCAUAAGCAGCUUUGCGACUUCUCAAAGUCGCUUCAAGAACACACUCGGCCCAGAAUCGGAGGCCAGCUGUAUACUUUGUCGGGAGACGAUCUAGUGUGGCAGAUCGUUUUUUCAUACACAUUCUACAUCACCAAACUGCUUCUGUUCAGGCCCUUCGUACUACUGUGCCUAGAACUGAGUCGUCGCGGUAUCAAGGACAUCCUCUCAGAGCGCAAUGGUGGGGUUGUGAUGGCGGUGCUGUUCGAGGCUGCCAACCAAUCUAUCACUGCUGCGAAAGAGAUUAUUCACUUUUGCGACUCUUUGUUCUCGUUGCAGAUCGGAAUUGAGGUGUGGACUGCCUCAGGUCAGUCGUAA